GCCCUGUCAAUUCAACGCGGUCAUAUAAUGCGAGUGCCAUGUAAAGUGCUGUGCAGCUCUCCUCACAGCUGUUUGUUGAAGAAGCGGUUGCUUGUGUUUAGAAGAGCAGUUUUGCAUAAUGAGAGAUUAUGACGAUAUUGCUGCCUUCCUUGGAACAUGGGGACCAUUUCAAAGGGUUGUUUUCUUAGCACUGGCCAUCAGCAUUCUCCCAAAUGGUUUUGUGGGCAUCUACAUAGUGUUUGUAGGUGACACUCCACCACAUGAGUGUCUGAUUCCAGAGGAGUACAACAUCAGUGAGAUAUGGAGGGAGGCCGCUAUUCCUAUGAUAACCCAGGAUGGAGUUUUAAAACGAAGCUCCUGCAGCAGGUACAAAGUGGACACACUGAGAAACUACUCCAUGCUAGGCUACAUCCCAAAUGUGGAUGUGAACAUGACUCACAUUGAACUGGAGAGCUGUCUGAAUGGAUGGAAGUACAGCAAAGACGUCUAUCAGUCGACUAUCGUAACAGAAUGGAACCUUGUUUGUGAAAAUGAACACAAAGUCCCGUUAACUUCCUCCGUUCGCUAUUUCGGAGCUCUGGUGGGAACAUUUCUCUCUGGUCAAAUGUCUGACAGGUUUGGAAGAAGGCCAACAUUGUUUCUCAUGAUGGCUUUGCAGACCAUAAGCAUUUUAAUUCAGAUAUUCUCCCCAAAUUGGGAAGUAUUUACUACACUUUUCUUUUUUGGGGGUUUUGGAGAGAUUUCCAACUACCUCGUAGCUUAUAUUCUUGGUUCAGAAAUUCUAGGACCAAGAGAGAGGGUGGUCUUCUGCUCGAUGGGUGUCUUCUUAAGCUCAGCAUUGGGGUACAUGGUCAUGCCAGCUGUUGCAUUUUUUCUGCGAGAAUGGAGGUGGCUUGUCGCGUCUAUGGCAGCGUCGGGGCUUAUAUAUGUGCCACUUUGGUGGUUUAUUCCUGAGUCUCCAAGAUGGCUGAUCUCUCAGGGAAGAUUUGAGGAAGCUGAGGCUAUACUGAGACAAGCUGCAAAGAGAAACAAAGUCAAACCACCAGAUGCCAUCUUUACUACAGCAGAGCUUAACAGUGCUGCGACUAAAAAGGAAAAGAAAUAUAAUAUUUUGGACGUUGUAAGAAGUUGUAACAUGGUUGCCAUCAUAACUCUCUGUGCACUUCUUUGGAUGAUCAUCACAUUAGGGUAUUUCAGUUUGAUUCUAAACACCUCCAAUCUCCAUGGCAACGCUUACCUGAACUGCUUCCUGUCUGCAAUUGUGGAGGUCCCAGCCUAUGUUAUUGCUAUGCUGCUACUGAAAUAUUGUCCAAGACGUUACUGCCAGUCCUCAACACUUCUCCUUGGUGGGGCAGUCAUUCUUUUCAUUCACCUUGUUCCGCUGGAUAUACCUGAGUUGGCGAUCUUCUUAGAGAUGGUCGGGAAGUUCGGGAUCACUGCAGCGUUCUGUGUAGUUUAUGCGGUGACAUCAGAGCUCUUCCCCACCGUGGUGAGGAACAUGGCCAUGGGAAUCUGCUCCAUGUCAGCACGUGUAGCGACCAUCGUCUCUCCUUUUAUUUUAUAUCUGGGAAAAGUCUACAAGUACUUACCUUACAUUCUCAUUGGGAGCUUUGCCGUAUUUGGUGGACUGUUCUGCUUCCUUUUACCGGAAACAUUCAGAAAGGCUCUGCCAGAGACCUUUGCGGAAAUGCAGAAAAUCAGAGGAUUACGUGGUGACACCUCAGAGAUGACUAAAGAUGAUCACACUGAAAGACCUGAAGUAAAGGAGCAGAAAUUUUGAUCAUCAUGAACAAUUAAUACUGUGUUCUAUCUAAGUUAAUAUUAAUCACAUUUCCUUGCAGAGGGCAUAUUAGCUUGCAAUUCUCUACAUGAGGAGGCCCAGUAUUUAGAGUUAUCACUGUACAGUAAGUACAGUUAGCAUCCAGUACCUAGCUUGGCUCAUCAACUCCUCAUUAAAUUAAAUUAGUUAUGUUGCUGAUGGAAUUGCAUGCAAUGGCUGGAACUAUAUUCUUCUAUUGAUAACUUUUUUUAAAAAAAAACAAAACUGACUGGUUACUGACUAUUUAUAUGUAUUGUGUUUAUUCUGAUUUUAUAUAUGUAUGGUAAUAUGGUUUUUAUUUGCAAAAACAGUUACUGCCAAGAUAAAUCAUUUUUAAAAAAUUUGAUGGCUGCCUAAAACUACUGCACCAUGCAAUAUGACAUACAAUAAACAAUCGGUCAAACACCA